AGCUGAGUUUGGACAAUUCCAAAACAUUUGUGAGUAACGCGUCGCAUAGGUGAAACCGCAACCUGCCACUGGUGCUGGGAAUGGCCUCCUUUGGCUGGAAACGUAAGGUGGGGGAAAAAGUUUCCAAGACGACAGUGCAGCAGUUUGAGAAGGACUCGGAGCAGGCGGAUAAUGAGGAUGUGGAGAAGGAGGGAGUUGAUUGGCUGCACGUCAUCAAACGGCGGCGUGAGGUGCUGCUGGAGGAUUGUGCUGCUAAGAGCAAGAGGCUAAAGGAUGAAGGGAUGCUGCUCGCUGAGCAGGGCAGGAACUGGGAGGCAUUGAAGAGGUGGGAUGAGGCGAUUCAGCUCACACCAGACGAUGCUGUGCUGUAUGAGAUGAAGUCGCAGGUGUUGAUCACCCUUCAAGAAGUGUUCCUGGCUGUGCAGUCUGCAGAGAUGGCCACCAGACUCCGCCCCCUCUGGUGGGAGGCGUGGCAAACUCUGGGCCGCGCCCAACUAAGUCUUGGCGAAGUAGAACUAGCUGUACGGUCCUUCCAAGUGGCAUUGCACCUGCAUCCGUCUGAGCGGCCCCUCUGGGAGGAAGACCUAGGCUGGGCCCUACAGCUCCAGGAGCAGCAAAAAGCUCUCCGUGAAAGAGAGAAACAGGAAGACGAAGCUCGAAGGCUCCUUGUGGAAGCUCCUGAGCUGAAGAGUGAUUAUGAUUUUGAAAGCGAUGAAGUGAUUGAGGCUUGCACUGCCAUGGCUGAUAGACAGAAAAAAUAUGAGGACCUAAAGAAAACAGCGGUUGUUGUGGACGCACACGGAGUCGCCAAAGAGCUGAUUGUCGAAGAUGACAGCAAACCCACUUCAUCCUCACAGAGUGUUUUAGUCAAGGCACGAGGACUCUAAAUAAAAUAGUGGCUGGUUUUGUGUCUCCUCAUGUGUAUAUUGUUUAGAUUAUGUAUGUAUUGUUAAGUUUAUUUGAUAAUCCAGGAUUCUGAUUGACUUCCUCAUAGUGUUUAACAAAGUUACUAUUCCCAGUGAAUUUGUAAAGUGAGUACCAGAUUCCAAGAAGAAUUUGAAAUGCUUCUGGAUCAUUUUCACUCAAACAAGAGCAUAAAUUCCUUCCUUUUACUGAAGCAUUCU